UUCCCUUUUUGAUGAUAUUAUCUUCUGUUUUUUGUUUUUCCUUUUUGUCUCAUUUUAGAAUGUUGUUUUUUCAGGUAUGUACGCUCACAACUUUCAAUAGUAGUUGCAAUUGUUGUAUGCUAGCUGAAGUUAUAUAGUAAAGCUACUAAUUUGAUGUUCUGAUCUAGCAAAAACAGCUUCUUAUGUUUAUUUAUGAGUUAAAAACUGAGACCAAGUUUGUGUAUUAAUUUUUUCUCGUUAUUGUUAGUAAUUAUGGUUGAUAAAAGCUUAGAAGAUUGAAGCAAACAGAUAAUGUGAUUAUGGGUUUCUAUACAUUUGAUUUUUCCUUUUGAACCGUCAAAAUGUAUUCUAUGAAUUGGAAGAAGAAAGAAAAAGUCGGCCCGGUGUACAAAGCUCCCGCUAUCCUGGCGUCCCGGGAGGGCCGGACUAGUAUAUUGUACGUAGCCUUAUGCUGCAUUUCUGCAAUAGGCUAUUUUUACGGCUCUAACCCGUGAUAUCCUGGUGACAUGACAACAACUUUACUAGUUACGUCCAGAUGCGGAUCUAGGAUUUAUAGUAUAUGGGUUCCUGGAUUAAUUUCAAAUUAAUAUACAAUAAUAAUUGUGUUCAUAGUUAGAUAUUUAUUAAUAUUUACUGAAUUUUUUAAUAGAAAUACAGGGUCUAAGCAAAAGUUACUUGGUUCCCGAGAACCCAACAACUGCACUCUAGAUCCGCCACGGGUUACGCCAAGGUUCCCCUUCUUGUUCCUGUUGUAGGAAUACAAUUAAUGGAUAUUAAGCUAUGUUACAUGGAUUUGUUUAUGGUACAUAUACAUGCCGUCUUGGUACCAUAUGGGUAUCUCAAGGCAAAUCAGAAUAUCGGUAUAAUAAUAUAGAUAAUAAGAGGACAUAAUUGACUGAUUUCAACUAGAAUGCACCUUUGCUUUGACCAUGUGUAUAGCGUCCAAAUAGUUGGAGAUUCCUUACUUCGUAUUAUUGCUUAUUUUCUGCAGGUUCUUGGUGAUUGUUGUUAUAUGAUGCCUCCUAAGAGAAUAAAGUAUUGUCGAAGUUUACCUCCUGACGUCCUUAGCGACCUUCCUGAUAAUGUAAUCGAUGUCAUUCUGAUGUGUUUGCCUUGUAAAGAUGCUGUGAGGACUAGCAUCUUAUCGAAGAAAUGGAGGUAUCACUGGUGUAGACUUACAAAGUUGACGCUUGAUUCAUCUCUGUGGGUAACAAAAAAAGAUUUACUAAGCCCUACAGUCAAAUUUACAAAGAUUAUCUACCAGCUUUUGCCCCUUCAUGAAGGACCCAUUACUAAGUUUACCCUGAACAUUGGUUUUCUAGAAAGUUGUCCUGAGAUUGGCAACUUCGUAUCUUUCCUCUCUAGGAAAGACAUUCAACAUCUUGUUCUUCACCUUUCGUGGAAAAUGCUAUACAAAUUGCCUUCUUCACUUUUCACUUGUUCGCAGCUGAGGCAUCUAACUCUUCGUAACUGCUUAAUGCUUCCCCCAUCAGCUUUUCAAGGAUUUGAUAUGUUAACCAGCCUGGAGCUAUGUAAUGUCAAAAUUUCUUCUGUAUUGCUGGAGACUUUAAUAUCUCAUUGUCCAGUGCUUGGGCAGUUGGUUCUGAAUAUCUCAGACAUUUUAAGCAUUAUUGAAAUUAAUGCCCCAAUGCUGAGAUCGUUUGAUUUCAGAGGCGAUAUAAGUUCUAUCUGCUUAAAGAAUGUCCCUCUUCUGGUAAAAGUAUCUCUGGUAGGUGACGAUAUGAGGGCAGAGAAUCUUGAUUUUGCCAAGGUUUUCGAGUCAUGUUCUGCUCUCGAGCACCUCUACUUGGACUUCUUUAAUACCAUGUUCUUUGAUGAUUACGCUGAAGCGCCAACAAGGCUUCCCUUUGCUCUUAACAGCGUCAAACGAUUUUACCUGCCUCAUAUUAUGCUGGCGGAUUCACAUAAGCUCUCAUUUGCUCUUUUCUUGAUAAGAAGCUUCCCAUGUUUAGAAUAUCUCGAAAUACUGGUUCUUUCUUUCUUAUUUAGUGGCUAUUUUUCGUAUUUCUUAGAUCCUCAAUAAUCUGAGAGUUGACUUCUUGUUAUCUUUUUUAGGUUUACAGUGAAGAUGAUAGUGGUACUGAGGAAUCCCUUGAACUCAAACAUUUGUCAGACGUGACAUUUAAUCACCUAAGGGAAGUUAAGAUAGAACUCUUUACAGGAAGAACGUCUGAGAUGCAGCUUAUAAAGCUUUUGUUGGCCAAUUCUCCAGUGUUGGUGAGAAUGCUAAUCGAUCGACGGUUUCUAGAUGAUGAACCUCUUGACACAAGAUUAAAAAUACUCGCUGAGGUAUCAAAUUUUUUGCGUGCAUCACCUAAAGCAGAAGUAGUCUAUGUAGAUUUUAUGUAUCAGGAUCCUUAGCUUAGAAAUUAAUAUUGAAUAGAGAGAAACAAGUGUUGAUGUAGCAGUAUAACAGUGUUUUCUCUUGCUGUAUGUAUUUCAGAACAUUGGGCAUUGUUGGAUGGAUGUUUCAAUUAGUUUGUUCUGUAAUAAUAUUGUCAUUACAUGUUUAAGGAUUCA